AUGUACAAAGUCCAGUUUGUUCUUCAACAAUGCCUUCGGUCGCUUAGUGUACAAACUUUCUUUAUGCCACCUUCCAUGCAAAGAAGAGAAACUACAUCAGUUCGCGAACGGGUUCUGGCGAUUGAACGAAGCCAAGCCUCUGAGAACUCGAUUAUAAGAGCAAGAUACGUACCAGAUGUACGAGGGGUCAAUCGCUACAAACAUUUUUACGUCGCCAAUUCCUUACCGAAACAACAUCGACCGGAGGAGGAGCACAACAAAGAUACCAAUGAAUUGCCGCAGCUUACCCUUUCAGCAAGAUCACGUACACAGCAACGCGUCGUUGUCGAUUCGGAUGACAAUGGAGUCGAAAAAGGAAAGAGAUGUAAGAAACAGAUCCUUCCUCAGCUAGGAUCGCCUAACACCCGGACUAAAACCCAGAAGGAAAAGGAUAUUUGCGACUAUAUAGAACAACAAGCAAAAGCUGCUCUGACGUCCUCUGAUUCGCUUUCUUCGUCGACAACAACACGGUCAACACUUUCCGGAAGAAGGCUUCACGAUCACCUUUCUGCAGCUCACCAGCAGCAAACUCCUCGAACCUUCGCCUCACUGGGAGAAACAAGAAAUGCUCUUGACAGGGAUGUGUUUGCGGAUAAGCCAAUUGUGGUGGUGAAAGAGGAUGAAGCCUCGUCUCACUCAAGUCUAGCAAGGCUGGAAUCAGAACGACUGAAAAUCCCCCUACAGACAAAGGAAACUGCUACACAGACCCUUGACGAUGCAAAAAACUCGGUUCUUCUGUCCCCCACGGUCGAAUCCUGUGGCGAAGGACGUAGCACUCAAACCGACUCCUAUCCAAUAAUUGUAGCUCCUCCACGUCGAAGGAAAAGCGAUGCACCGGUGAGCAUGGACGAGAUAGAGGAACGCGAGGCACUGUAUCAGGUUAUUGAGGAUGCUCUAGGAGAGACAAUAGACCGCAACUCACGAAUGCGAACGAAUCAAAUCAUAGCGAACAGCGCUCGGAAACAGGGUCAGAUCUGGCGUGAUGCGAAAGAGUUUAUCGCCAAUCAACUGGUUCCACAAUCCAUCCAGCUUGCGAACAAGAGCCGAUCCAGGAAGAAAACAGCAGUUGAGAUUGUAGCCAGUAUCAAAUGUUAUCCGUAACUUUUAUGUUCACCAUUGACGAAUCCUGAUGUCGAACUAAGCCUAACGUCAACCUCAGAAGAGCUCAAAGAAAUAUUUCCAGAUAUGAUACUCAAUCACAUCUUGUGCUAGUCGAGUGAUUGAAUUUUAGAAACACGACCACGGGAAUUGUUAGUUCCUCGUACAUUAGCUUGGUGCUUUUGACAGCUUCCAUAUUUGCUCACAUUUAGAUCUUCCAC